GUAAGUGGUCCGUGACACAGUCGCUUUACGGGAUUCGUUAGGUGCGCGCCUAUUUCCAUACAAGCGCGUGCUUAAGGACUUAGGUGCUUAGGUAGUAGGCCUAGUGCUUAGCUUCACCGCCGCGGCUUGGCACUGGCCCUAGCGUCGCCCAAUGCACUUAGUACCUAAGGUACCCUCUUCUGCUUUCGAGGGAGGAGUUGAACGCGACAAACCACCACCUGCAACAUUUGUCCCCUUAAUCCGCGUCCUCCCGAUCGACGACCAUCACCGCCUAACUUCCAAACGACAACUUGUUGGGAAUCUUUACAUGUCACGUCAGAAAAUUACCACUUUUAUAUCACUGUUCCUAGCAGCUAUCGCAGAUAAGAACGAUGUAUGCCUUCCAAGAGGAGCUCGAUAACUUUGUAUGGGACAAAACCGAUGAAGACGCCCACAAAUCGUUGAUGCGAAUGCGCCACACCAAGACCUGCCGCGGGAUAGAACGUCUGGCAGGAGCCCUGUUCGGGACGCAGGCAACCCUCGUGUCUCCUUUGAUCGUUGGCGGCUUCAAUGUCCUCUACAGACUGCGACUUGCGGGAGAUCCUCCCACGCCCGAUGUCAUGGUCCGGCUUCCAAAUCCGAGUCUCGUCCCAUUUGCGGAGGAGAAAACCGCCCAGGAGACCGCCACAGCUCAAUUCAUCGCGGACAACACGCAGAUCCCCGUCCCUCACCACUUUUUUCAUGGUCUAGACAGAAAACUUGGGCCGUUCGUCAUCAUCCAAUAUGUUGAGAGCUGCGAAAGUAUGUCGGCUCGGCUGACAACGCCCAACGAAGACUUGAGUGUGCAGCAUGUCCUCAACCCAGCCGUGGACGAGACCCUACUGGAAGACGUCUGGGCCAAGGCAGCCAGGUGUCUCGUCCAACUCUCACGUCUCACCUUUCCCCGGAUUGGCGCUCUCGUCGAAGUCAAGGCUGACAGCGACGGACCAAAGUCUUACACCAUCGCCGGCCGUCCCAUCACACACAACAUGACGGACAUGGUCCGGCUCGCCAACAUCCCGCGCUCCGUGCUACCGCCCGAGGGAAAGACAUACGCCACCGCAGACGAGUGGUAUGCCGCGCUGGCCGAGAUGCAUCUUGCGCAGCUCGUCUUCCAGCACAACGACGCCGUGCAGUCGGCUGACGACUGCCGGAACAAAUACGUCGCGCGUCAGGUCUUUCGGCGGCUGGCAAAGGAGGGGAAGUUGUCCUCUUUUGGGUUCGCCGAGGAUGAUUGGUCUGCUCAGUCACGCGCGAUCAAGACAGUGGACAGUCCGGCUACUCUCUGCCCUGCUCCAGAGGGGACCUGCAACUUCAGGCUCUGGAGCGACGAUUUCCGCGCCGGAAAUAUGCUCCUCAACAAGGCCGACGACCUGGUCGCCGCGAUCGAUUGGGAGUUCACGUAUGCUGCACCAGCACAGUUCAUUCUUGACGCACCCUGGUGGCUGCUCCUUGAUACAGCCGAGACAUGGGAGGAGGGGAUUGAUGAUUGGGUGCGGACUUACGAAACUCGCCUAGAGACCUGGAUCGCUGCUGUGAAACGAGCUGAGGACAGCUUAUCAGGCGCUGCUGCGGGUCAGGAAGGUGCUCUGCCAGCACCCCUGUCUACAUACAUGCGCGAGAGCUGGGAAACGGGCCGGUUCUGGCUCAGCUACGGCGCGAGAAAGAGCUGGGCUUUUGAUAUGGCGUAUUGGAGAUUUUUGGAUGAGAGGUUCUUUGGCAAGCGGCCGGACGGUGUCUUAAAGGAGGACUUGUGGAAGACGAGGAUAGACUUGUUGACGGACCAGGAGAGGGCCGCCAUGGAGCCAUUUGUGGAGAGGAAAUUGGAGGAGGCAAAGGAACGAGUUAUCGUGAAUUGGGAACCAGAAGAAGCGCAGAAGCGUCUGUCCGAACUUCUAUUUGACUAGUAUUACCCAAAACUAUGUCACUUAUCAUUGCUUUGGUUAUGUAAAGGAACAUGGCCUUUCAUUGGCGAUACGUCUCCACCGUCGGUCUAUUCUGUUCCAGGACCAUGCCCUGGAACAUAGAAUGCAACCCCAGGAAGAUGAUUCGAGCCUCAGCAAUCCACACCU